AUGACUUCUGUGUCGUCCACGAUCCCUACCCACGGGAACUACCAUAACUACCAUCGGUAUCAGAAUAAACUCACCACGACCUCCGAUACGCGUCUCUCUCUUCUCCCAUCAUCUCUCUUUACAAAUGCCCGCGUUCUCGACAUCGGCUGCAACGAAGGCUGGGUGUCAUGCGAACUAGCACAGAAAUGGUCCGCACGGCGCGUCAUAGGCGUUGACAUUGAUGGUGAUCUCGUCCGCAAAGCAUGGAUGCGUCGUCGAACCAUCUGGAGCAGACAAUCUCCCUUAUCUCCCGCCACAGUUCUCUCCACACCACAGGCGGAUUACUUCCCCGCAUCAUGCCUUCACAUGUUCGGUCCCUUACCGAUACCUCCUUCCGUUCUCCCUAGAGACCACGAGUUUCCGCAUAAUGUCUCAUUCCGCCAUUCGGACUGGCCUGCUCAGCCUAUACCAGAGGAUACGGAGGGGUAUGACGUUGUCAUUGCGUUCUCGAUAACGAAAUGGAUCCACCUCAAUACCGGCGACGCAGGCCUUGAGCGAUUCUUUCGGAGGGUGUACACCGCUUUGAGGCAAGGAGGGACGUUUGUACUUGAGCCGCAAGGAUGGGAGUCGUAUGCGAAGGCGAGGAAGUUGGAUCCUGUGCAGAACGCGAAGAACCUCAAGCUUCGACCGGAUUCUUUCGGGGCGUUACUGACGCAGAUAGGUUUUAGCGAGGGGAAGACGGUUGGUGAAGUCGGCGAAGGGCGUACGUCAUUCCCGUCUCCCCAGACUUGCCAUCUGCUCUGCGAACGGAUGUUCAUUCUUCUCUUCCACAGGGUUCAGACGGCCAAUUGA